AUGUGCUAUAACACAGUAACAGUGUAACACACUCGGACACUGUCUCAGUAGUCCGUAGUCUGCAGUACUGCAUGGUACUAGUUAGAUGAUCGACGUGAGUGCAAGAUAUUUAGUUUUAAUUAUUAUUUAUUUUAUAUACCUAAAUGUUAAAUAAAAAGCUUGUGGUUUUCAUCAAGUAUGCUAAUAAAAAUUAUUUUCCAAGAUAUUUCUUUGACUCUUUCAAAUAGAAUCUAACAUCAAAUUACAUGGAGUCAAAUGAAAAAACCAACUUAAUAGCUAGUCAUGUGUACGCAGAUUACUCCAGUAAACCACACCAUUUGCAUUACACAAGUAAAAUAAGCCGAGUGUUAUGGCUGGCAUUGGUAGUAACAAUGCCAUGUUUAGCACCGGGCAUGAGUUUUGGAUAUUCUGCCAUUGUUCUUGAUCAAUUGCCAUUAACAGUUGAUGAACAAUCGUGGUUUGCUAGUUUACCGUCCACGAUGAUGCCUAUCGGUUGCCUUUUGAGCGGGCCGCUAAUCGACAAACUCGGCCGGAAGACGGCUCUGAUGGUAACCAACCUGCCGUCUUGCCUUGGCUGGUUGAUGUUGUCCAGGCAACCUGUCAACCUGUACGUGCUGUACGCGGGCCAACUGCUAGUGGGCAUGUCAGUGGGCCUGUCUACGACCCCGGCCACAGUGUACGCGGCCGAGUGCAUCACGGUCAACUACACCGGGCUGCGCGGGUGCUUCACGAUAAUGACGUCCAUCAUGCUCAACUUUGGCAUGUUCCUCACGUACCUGCUGGGCACGCUAAUGCCUGCGUACGUGGUCGCUUACGUGGCGGCUUUCGUGUCGUUCGCCGCGUUCUUAUUCAUCGGCUUGCUCAUUCCCGAGAGCCCGCCGUGGCUGUUCGGACAGGGCCGCCGCGGUGACGCAGAGUUCUCUCAGCGGGUGUUGCGCAUUGCCCAGCCCAUACUACAAACGUCCCGGGCCAUGUCACUAGAUGGUGACUCUGCCGCCGCCGUGCGCAUCCGGUCACGAAUCGUGGACAGGCUGGCCGAGCCGGACGUCUACAAGCCGAUGGCGAUAAUGACGAUGUUCCUGUUCUUUCAGCAAGCGUGUGGUUCGUUCGUACUGACCGCGUACAUGAUCCAACUGCUCGGUGGCCUCGGCGUGACCGUUAACAACUACGUGGUGACGCUGCUUGCGGGGUUCACCAACCUGGCAGCUAUGGUCGUGCUGUCCAUGCUCCUCACCCGGUCCGGUUUCAAACAGCUAUCGUACGUGUCGUGUGCCGGCUACGCCGCUUCCAUGGUGCUGCUGGCCGUGUUCCUGCAAUGCUACGACGGCGGCGACGCGUUCGUCACCAACGUGGUGGUCAUCGGUUGUGUGCUGCUCAACAUGGCCAUGAACGGGCUGGGACUGCGGCCCAUUCCGUACGCCAUGCUCGGCGAAGUAUUCCCCACCGAUGUGGCAGGUGUGGCUGGUUCGAUCGUUGCGUGCAUGUCGUCCGUGUUCAACUUCGUCGCCAUCAAGUCGUACCCGUACUUGCGCAUAUUGUUGGGCCCGGGCGUGUUCGCGUUAUACGGGGUGCUUGCGCUGCUUACGCUCGUGUUCGUUGCGGUGAUCGUACCGGACACUCGGGGCAAGACCAUCAAGCAGAUCGGCGACGAAUUCCUGCGGAAGAAGUCGGUCAGUGGUUGUGGCGGCGACAGUUAUCGAAAGGGGAGCUGUAGCAUUGCGGACGAGGUCAUUUGAACGGUGCACGAUGGGUGUAUUAUAAUAUUUUGAUUUUCAAAGAUCUCAUUUUUCAUUAUAUCGUUAUAAAUAUAAUAUUAUGUGAUUUCUUUUUUUCUUUUUUACGUUCAUGACGAUUAAUAUUGAAUAUAAAUUAUAAUAUAAUACCUAAGUAAUAUA